AUGAUGGGUUAUAUUGAUAACUUGGCAAAACUGGACUGCCCAAUCAGCCAAGAGUUGGCCACUGACCUCAUCCUGCAGUCAUUGCCGUCAAGUUUUGAUCAGUUUGUUAUGAACUAUAACAUGAACAACAUGACAAAGACUUUGACUGAGCUGCAUGGGAUGCUUAAAUCUGCUGAACCCAACAUCAUGAAGGACACCCCUCACGUCCUAAUGGUACAAGGGGGUAAGAAGUUUAAGAAACAUGGUAAGGACAAGGGAAAGGGCAAGGCAAGCUGGGUUAAGAACCCAAGCAAUUCUGAACCUACUCCUAAGACCAAACCUGGUCCUUCUGGUGAAGACAAGUGUCAUUAUUGUAAUGAUUCUGGUCAUUGGAAGAGAAACUGCAAGAAAUACUUGGAAGAUCUGAAAAAGAAGAAGAAGACUUUUGAGACUUUCAUCUUCAGAUAUUUAUGUUAUAGAAGUAAAUGUUGCUACUUCCAGUUCUACUUCAUGGAAAAUAAGCUUGGACCCAAAUCUGAUAAAUGCUUCUUUGUUGGUUAUCCAAAAGAAACCAAAGGUUAUUACUUUUACAACCCUGCCGAGACCAAAGUGUUUGUUGCUGAAAUGGUGUCUUCCUGGAAAAGAGAAUUUCUUUCUAAGAAGAACAGUGGGAGUGAAGUACAACUCGAAGAAGUUCGAGAGACACAGGAGGCUCCGACUUCCCAGGAAGAGCCUUCAGUUAGAUUUACGAGCAGUCGUAGUAUCUACACCUGUGGAACCUGA